AUGAGUACGCUUGAUAUUCCAAUAAAUGAUAUCGAUUACGAAUCUUUAUUCGGUGGAUUUGAUGUUGUUCCGGACAACAAUACAUCACCAACAACUGAAAAUGAUAAUGACAGUCGAAUAUCGAACACACCUCCAAUGACAGCACAAUUGAAUAACAAUUUAAAUAUUUGGCCUUGGGUUACGGACAGUCCACUUUCCGAUGAUCCAAAUGGUGAACACUAUGAUAUAACUGCGUUGAUUGACGAACAAGAUUCUAUGAUGCUUGGCGAUAAUCUGACAGAUUCGGAUAGUUCGACAUUGGAUGAUUUACUUGCAGGUUUUGAUCUACCUGAAUCACAAAAUCCUGAAACAUUACAACAAAUUUCAUUAUUAUCACCUUCUUCAAUUCAAAAUCUGUAUCCGUCAUCUUCGCCAAUUCAAAAUCCGUACCCGUCACCUCCUCCCUCGGCAAAUAUCAUUUCCUCUCCACCACCACCGCCUAUAUCAACUCAGCGACCUGUACUUUUACCAAAGCCGACAGUAAAUCAAACAAGUUUUCUUCCACAACGGCAGCAAAUAACAAGUUGUGUUAAACUUCAAUCCUAUGCCGGUACAGCAUCUACAGGGCCAAAAUGUGUCAAAAUCGAACCCGUUAUCAACACAACACUACCUGCACAGUCACCACCGGCUAAUAUAACAAUAAUUACAACAUCAAAACCGAUUACGGUCGCAAAAGUACCCGUAAUCAAGAUGCCAUUAACAACAACAGCAGCAGCACCAAUUACAAUUGUUAAAACAGAAGCUGACGUAAUCCCGACAGCCAAUGUGAAACGUAUUACAACUGUAUAUCCUAACCCGAUGAAUAAUGAGAAUACACCAGUAAAUACUGGUACGUUCAUCAAAACAUUGAAUGGAACAAAUCCAAUGACUUCGCCACCAACCAAACGACGACGUUCAGAAAGUUCGACGAAUCAUCAACAAUUACCUGUUCAGUCAUCAGAACUGACAACCUUGACACUUGAUCAACUGAAAGUUCAAUAUGGAAAUGUUAGCGAAGAGGCAUUAAAGAAGCAUCUCCGAAUGAUUAAAAAUCGUGAAUCAGCAUCUUUAUCACGUAAACGACGUAAACAGUUAAUGGAAAACCUUGAAGUCAAAGUGAAAGAACUCUCGGAUGAAAAUGACCGAUUAAAAAGUGAAAAUACCAAGUUAUUAACACGUGUGCACACUUUAGAAAUGGAGAACGAAUUGUUGAAAACAUAUAAACUCGGAAAUGGAAUAGCAUCGCCACGUGCUCGUAAACCGUUGAUACUGAUGGGUAUCGUUCUUUUGGUUGUGCUCAAUAUCUUUACAUUAAAUUCUUGGGUACCGAUCUCCACGGAGUCGUCAGGUUCGAUCGCAUUAUAUGAUAGACAUUCGGGCUAUAAUAGCGAAGGAACAAUAAUCCGUGGUCGAACAAUUCUUAGUGCUGCUCGCCGUAGUAGUGAUGAUAAUUCUUAUGUAGCUAGUAGUGAUACUGAUGAUGGUUCGAAUGGGAAUAAUGAUUCAUUGAUUAUUCCCACAUAUCCGUUCUUGCAAUGUGUAGCUUUUAUUAACAAAACUCAUUCACAACGAAUCAAUCAGGAUCUUCAUUCAUGGGUGCAAGAUCAUUAUCGUGAUGAAGGAAAACCCACUGAUAAAAAAAAACCGGUUACAAUAUCUGAUUCGAAUUCUAUAAGCAUUCCCGCAACUCCCGAUGUGACUUCAGUAAGUGAGUCUCAAGAUCAACAACAGCAUAUAUCACGAAAAGUUGCGUUACUCAAUCGACGAUCAUCGAGAAUUCAACCGGAAACUCGAGGACAAUUACAACCGUACAGACGCUAUGAACCAAACAAUGAGGAUUUCAUUCGUGCAAUUGAUCGUAAGAACGACACACUAUAUUUCGUAUCAUUCAAUCGCGAUCAUUUCAUUUUACCUGCAACGGUGACCAACCAAACCCAACGACCAAAAAUGUCACUAAUUUUACCCGCUUCGGUUACACAUUUAAACAAAUCAAUUCAUGUUCCAGCAAACCAUGUACCUAUGAUUCAGAUCGACUGUGAGGUUGAAGAUACGAAAUUGGUUUUUGUUAAACGCGGCCAUAUCCCAUCGUCUUAUCGGCAAGAUCUCUUUCGAUAUUAUUCAUCAGUACCGCAAACAACUGUCUAA